GGUGUUCGUUUUUAAGACGUUUCUGCAGGUUGAGGAGUAAUUUUCUGUUUCGUGUUUCAGUCGGCCAGUGGCGCGUAUCAGUGUGUGUUUGUUCUGUAACGCGUUUUUUCAUUGUGAAUUGUUUCUUUUUUUUCUGACUGCAAAUUAACCGCUUCUUUAUUUUAAAAGAAAAAAAAACUCAGGAUUAUAUAUUAUAUAUUUGAACAAGUAAAGAAGGCCAAAUGGCCAUGGGCCGUGCCGAAGAAAAACAUGCCGGCUCAAAACACCGGGAAAGGUGAUAUACUUCUUGCCGGAAAGCCUUGAUUAAAGUUUAUGGCAUAAGUUUUCCAUUCGAGGAGUCGCAGGAGCGGCUGAAAGAAAUUCUAGUGGGAUAUUAUUAUGCUAAUCGCGGUGUGGUCAGAAUGCGAGAGGAAGAGCUCGAGAUUUCCCUCAAGGUGGUAAUAGUGGGCAAUGGUGCUGUGGGAAAAUCCUCCAUGAUCCAAAGAUUUUGCAAAGGAACUUAUACGAGGGACUACAAGAAAACAAUAGGAGUCGACUUCCUCGAAAGGGAGAUUGAGGUUGAUGGCGAGGACGUUCGAUUGAUGCUCUGGGACACUGCAGGUCAAGAAGAAUUCGAUGCAAUUACGGCCGCCUAUUACCGAGGAGCUCACGCUUGUGUUCUGGCUUAUUCAGUCACUGACAGAGAUUCUUUCGAUGCCAUUCCCUCAUGGAAGUUGAAGGUUGAGAAUGAAUGUGGUGAAAUACCAACGGUUCUAGUGCAAAAUAAAAUGGACCUCGUCGAUCAAUGUGUUGUCGAUCCAGAUGAAGCAGAAAGACUUAGUCGAGCUUUAGGUUGCAAACUUUUGAGAACGUCUGUUAAAGAAGAUGUUGGAGUAAUGAAUGUCUUUAGACAUUUGGCAACACGUUGUCUUUUAGAAAUGCGUCGCAAUGAGGACGAAGAUGAUCUUAGGAUGUAUUCUUCAGAGCCAAGAACACCUUCAGUUAUAAGUGCCUUUAGUCCAAAUGGUUCGACAGGAGGACGCAUUAGUAAUGGAACAAUCGUAUUACGACCAAGUGGCAAAAAAAUUCGUAAUCACAAGAAAAAACAUUUCGUCAAAACUUCCUGUCGACUGUUUUAAUUUACAAUAUUUUUUUAAACAUUGAAGUAAAAAAGAAAAGAAGAAUGAGAAAAAAAACAAUCUGUUGUAUUGCAAUGGAUUUAAAAAAAAGAAAAAAAAAUUAGGUAAUAUAUUUUAAUAAUUUACACAAGGGUGCCUUUCUUCUCCAAAGCAAACAGGUGCGAUGAAAAAUUUUUUUUUUUUCAUAUUUUUAUGUAAUUAUAUAUUGCUCAUUGUAAGUCUUCUCACAAAGAGUCACUUGUAAAUAUGUAAACAAAUAUUCCCUUAGAUUUUAUUUUUGUCCAAUUUUUUUCUUUCCAAGUUAUUUUUUUAUUUAAAAAAUUUUUUUUUAAACGCGAAAUAAAAAUUUCGCAAAAGUUUGCAUUUUUAAUAUUUGAGUGUUCGUGUUAUAAUUAAAAUGCUAAACAAAAAAUUGUAUGAAUCUUUGCCCGAGUGUAAAAAAAAAAAUAUUUAUAAAAAAUGAAGUGUGAGUAAUAAUAAUUAACCAAAUAUCGUUAAUGAAAAUUAAUUUAUAAGGUACUUAAGUAAUUUAUUUCAAUAAAGGCUACAAAUUUUAUAAUUGAACUUUUAUUAUCACAGAAAUGACAAUAGAAGUUAUUUUUGUAAUUUGUACAUUAAACUUGUUAAUAAUCAAAGCUGAGAAUAUAAUUUUUUUUUCUAAUUACAAAAAAAUGUAUUUACUAAAGGAAAAUUCUGUAUAUAACAGAUUUACAAUAUUACAAUAACGCCGUUUUCAAGUCAGUAUUUUUUUUUUUUUUAAUCUUGGAAAAUUGAUUUUAUUUUUAUUUACACAAUUAAAUAAUUUAGAGAAAGUAUUAAAAAAAAUAUUUAUAUAAAAAUGCAAUACUGAAAAUUAUUGGUAAAUUGACUUGAAAAUGACUUUACAGUAAAUAAGUCAUCGAUUUUACUUAUAUUUUGUUUCUGGAAAGUAUUCGAAGACGGUCAAAUUUUCACGAUUGAAACUAUAUUAUAAUAAUUAUUAUUAUUGUUGUUUUUUCUAUUUUAAUGCUAAAUCAUUUUUUUUUUAAUCGUAAGAAGCAAUGAAAGAAUUGAUAACUUACACGAGAGCUGAUACGAAUUUUAAAAAGCAGAACAAAAUUUUUAUAAAAGCUACAAGCCAUGAAAAUCCCAGACCGUCCUGCAGUCUUAUAGCCUACCUAAAUAAAAAAAAAAAAUCGAAAAAAAAUACGUCGACUAGAUUUUUAAAUUCUCUCAAUAAUCUAUAAUUUUAAUUACAAUUUUGAAUUUUUCCCCCUUUAUAUAUAAAGACAUUAAAAUUUUCAUUUUAAAAUAAUUUAC